AUGUAAAUUACUAUACUCUCUCACCAAAUGAAGGAACUUCUUAAAUAGUAAAAGUACCCAAAAAUGUUUAGGCAGUCUAUUUUUCGUCAGGUUUUGGAGGUCUAAUAGUAUUAGAUUAAUAAGGAGGUACUAAGCUUUUAUAGUAAAGUUUUUAAUAACAGUUUAUAAGCUAAUUUGAUGUUAGCGCAAAUGGAAAUAUUCUAGUCUUAGGAUUUAACUCAACAUUAUCAGUAUUUGCAUAUCCAGGAGCUUCUAUCACUUUAGAAAACAUGUAAAACUAUUAAUUUGCUUCAAGCGCGCCAUUUAAAUCAGAGAUUAUUGAAAUAGUAUAUUUUGAAACAUAAAAUCUAAUCUUUGUAUCUGGUCUACUCUGAUAUAUUGCAGUGUAUGAUUCAAGCGAUAUAUACAAUUUAAGAAUUCUAGAUAUAUACAAUACUUAAUCUGUUCAGAUAACUUCGAUAUAGGUUUCGAGUGAUGCUUAAUGGGUGUAUCUUAGUUGUGAUAUUGAAGGUAUUGUAGUUUUGA